AUGAUAGCCAAAACCACGGAACAAGUAAAGAAAAUCAGAGAUAGAACGCUCACUGCUCAGAGCCGUCAGAAGAGUUACGCCGGUCAAAGGCGGAAGCCCUUAGAGUUUGAGAAAGGAGACCAUGCUUUCCUUAAAGUUACUCCGACAACAGGAGUAGGUAGAGCGAUUAAGACCAAGAAGCUGAACCCUCGAUACAUCUGUCCAUUUCAAAUUCUGGAGAAGAUUGGACCGGUGGCAUAUCGAAUGGCUCUACCACCUCAUCUUUUGAACCUGCAUGUCGUAUUUCACGUGUCGCAGCUUCGGAAGUAUACCCCUGAUGCUAGCCAAGUGUUAGAACUGGAAUCGGUUCAGCUAAAGGAAAACCUGACUCUGCCGGUGACUCCGGUCAGGAUUGAUGACACGAAUAUUAAGAAGCUGCAUGGAAAGGAGGUUUCAUUAGUGAAAGUGGCAUGGAGUCGAGCCGGUGUUAAGGAGAACACCUGGGAGCUUGUGUCAGAGAUGCGAGCAGACUACCCACACCUGUUCUCAGCUUGGAAAUCUGUUGGUGAGGCUUUGGAAACCUUGGAAGUUGAUUUGAGAGUGUUCCGGAUGGAUCGGGAAUCGGCCAAGGCUAGUGACCCUAGGAUAGGUCUUUGGAAUUGUUGA